UCACCUACCGCCAUGUCCUGCCACUGCAUUAACCCGCGACUUCCCCCAGAUUUAGAACGCUAUAUCUUCGAAGAGACGGCGGGGCAGCGUCCUAGAGAUGUUCCGAAUCUACUACUCGUUGCUCGGAGGGUUCAAUAUUGGUUAGAGCCUAUCUUGUACCGCGAUUUCCGCCUGGGGGACUCCCAGAAACUCGACUCCCUGCUCUGUCUCGCGUCCUCGAAAUCCCACACUUUUCUUCCUCGCUCUAUUCGCAGUCUGGUGUUUUGGGGAGAGUACCCUCUGCGUCAUGAGCAUUACGACACGCUUAAACGAUGCACGGGGAUCACCCAUCUCGUCAUCAGCUCCACGCAGUCAGUCCCGGAUGUGCUUCCGUCUCUUGCCAACAUGCGACUCCGACGCUUGGCAGUGUAUCCUCAAGGGCUAAUGCCCACCCUUGGCGCGAUCGACGGCGCAAAUCCCGUCUUCAAACAACUGACCCAUUUCGAGAUUUUCAACGGUCCACGGUCCGGCACCGACGACUAUGCGUUGAUCGCAUUCAUCACCGCACUUCCGUCGUUGACGCACCUCGCGCUGAACGGUCCUCCCAAGGCUGGGGCCCCAGCCAUCCGCCGACUCUUGGCCGAGUGCAAGAACCUGCGUUGUCUUGUGAUUCUCAGCAACGAGAAAUGGAUGCAGUCGAAGUUGACGACGGGCGACUAUCAUGAUAUCAAUGAUCUACGAUUCGUUGUUACUGGUUUCCGACGAUGGGACGAAGUGAUCUGCAAUGGUUAUUGGGCCAUUGCAGAAGACACUGUGGAGCAGAGGCGACGGGGAGUAAUGGUGAAUCUCACUGGCAGCGACGCCUAUCCACUGGACGAUCGAGUUGCUUCGCCUGUUGUUGGUUGA